AUGGUGAAGACGGAAGAUACGCAGGCGCCGAAGAGAGACGACGCCGGAGAGAGAAUGCGGCGGCGGACAGAUAAUGCGGCGGCGGCGGACAACGCCGGAGAGAAAUCCGUCUUUACCAGGGGAGGGCGGCGGCGGACAAUGCGGCGGCGCCGAAGAGAAAUCGCGGACAGAGAAGCUUCUGCGCUGCUCUCUGCAAAAGGGAAAAGGAAAAGGGAAAAGGGUUUUGGGUUUGGGAGCUGGUUUGGGAAAAGGGAAAGAAACAAUAAAGAAGGGAAGCGUGGGGCAAGGCUGUGA